AUGGGGUGUGGAGCAGAGCUCAGGCUGCGAGGCUCAGGCGGAGCUCAGUGCGACUUGGUGAGGUUGGCACGUGGAGGAGAAAGCCCAGCACUGUUGGGACAGACACUCUGCGAGUGCUCGCCGUUCGUGCACACGAUGUCCAAGGGGACAAAGAAGCCUGCCGGAUCAUGGAAGCCGGGCGAAACAUGCGUGCUGUGCGCCCAGGGAGAUGCUGACCCAGACAUCUACGGGCGCAAACUAAUCAUCAGUGGGAUCUAUUUCCACGAGUUCUGUGCGGUAUUUUCUGGCGGCCUUCUUCAAGAGGCAGCAACACAGAUGGAAAGUGCAUAUUUAGGCCUGGUUGAGAUCAUAUGCAUAAUCCAGCAGGCAGAGGAGACGCUCUGCUUCGUCUGUGGCAAGAGGGGGGCCACCAUCACCUGCGCAGAGUCGGGCUGCAACCGCAGCUUCCAUCUCCCCUGCGCCUCCAAGGGUGACUGCAUCACCCAAUACUUUGGAGAGUUCAGGUCGUUCUGCUGCGACCAUCAUCCGCAUCAGGCAGUGGAGACGGCGCCGACGCAGGACACGACCUGCAUCAUCUGUGUGGAGCCCGUGGGUGACAGCACCAUGGUGUGCCCAGCCUGCCAACACGCCUGGUUCCACCGGGCCUGCAUCCAGAGACUGGCCCUGCGUCUGGGCAUCACUUUGCAUUGUCCCCACUGCAAAGAUGAGGAAGAAUUUUUUGACUACGUGACCGCCAUGGGGAUCCAUAUCCCACGCAGAGGACCAAUCUGGGACAACAAUUCAGAUGUAGAGAACGGAGGCAAGCACAAGCGCUGCAAUGCCAGCGAGUGCCGUCACCCACAUGGCAGGGAGCGGGCAGAGGAAGAGGGGCCCUGGCAGCUGCUCCUCUGCAGCUCCUGCACUGCGCGAGGCACCCAUCGGCGCUGCUCCUUCUUGAGUCAGGGCACAGCCAGCUGGGAGUGCAACGCCUGUGCUGGAGAGGGCACCGCCUCCGGCAGCAGUGUGGACAGAGCUGGCCCCAGCACCGCCAGCCAGCAGGGACUGCCGCCUCUCAUAGGCCCCAUAACAUUGGAGAGCAGCAGCACCUCCAGCACCACCAGCCAGGCACCGUCGGGGCCAGCUCACGUUCCCAAGGUGCCUGAGAGCGGCGUCCCGCGCAACCAGCACAGGAUAAAAUGGCGGAGAAUCUGCACACGUUUACAUCGCAUUGACGAUGAAUGGAAUGAGCCCCAAGAAUGCUGCGGGAGCAGCCGUGCUGCAGCCCUGCUGAGCGUUGAGAGCAGCACCCCAAACUCUGCCAGCCAGCAGGCUUUGCGGUCCACGAGGCACUCCCCCGCAGCUGGCUCCAGCCACCGGCGCAGACAGGGACAGCAGGAUCACACAAGAAGCCGCUCUCCGCUGCAGCGCCAGGCCGCAGGUUCCCCGAGCCAGCCCCAAAGGCACCGUGGGAGCAGGCAGGCACCAGCCCUUAGUGAUGACAGCGGCACCCACAGACACAGAGGACAAGGAACACCGAGGUCCUCGAGAGUUUCCGCAGCAGCUGCUGGAAGCCGGCCCAGGCAGCCAGGGCGGGCCCGGACUCGAAGCCGCUCGCCUCGUCAACAUCGGGAUGCGGAGACCCGCAGCCAGCCCCGAAGACGCCGCAGGAGCCGGUCCAGGCGGCGACGGCCAGCCCAGGGGCGAAGCCGCUCCCGGGAACCACGUCGGGCCCGGAAUACCAACCGCCGGCCCCACUGAUGCUGUAGGAGCAGCCGUGUGCAAGCUCCACUUGCUAUCCAAAGUCAUCAGAGUCCAUCGCAAUAAAACACAGUUCCAUCAU